GGAGAGCGAGAGGGAUUGUGGUGCCGGGGCUGCUGCGGGCGUUCGCGAUGGAGCUGGGGCCGCGGGGCAAGACGACCAAGCAGCAGUUCGCCACGGUGUGUUCUUGCUUCGGCCUGGCGCUGACGCCGGCGCUGAUCAAUGCUGAUGGUGGCGCCCGUCGGUACGUUAAUACGGCCGCGACGCUGAUGCCGGUACCAGAUCUCCUCACAGCCGGACUGGGAGGAGCAGCACUGGGCCGCGAUCAAGACUGCGCUCCCCCACCCACCGACGCUGUCCAUGGCUGGCCGCGGGCCAGCCCAUGCCGCUGCCCACACCGCACGCCAAGCCCGCUCGGGCCCGAGGACCUCCAGCGCAUCGCCGCCUCGCCUGACGCUAGAGCACGCGGAGCGGCUGGCGGGGCCGGGGCAGGUGAGAAGAGGGGUUAACGUUGAACCAAUCCCGUAAGGAAACAGUCGCGCGGCAAGGAGAACUGCAGCUGCAAAAGCGCGUCGUUGUACAUCACCGUAUGUAGUCGGGCGGGCUUGGGCAGUGUAGCGGCAGGUGGAAGGAGCAGUCCAGAGCAGCUCCGAAGUCAUGUCAACAGUGCGAGCCGCGCGCGGACCCCGUCGCCCAACUAGUUGCAAGGUUAUACUAACAUACUCACCUGGAUGUGAACGAGGAAGCGCCAGGUAGAAGCGUCCAGCAGCCGGGCGCGACGGACAUGUGGGGGAUGGCAAGGCGGCGAGUAUGAGUAGAAGUCGUGGAAGUAGCGUAGCAGGGCAGUACAAGGCUAUGGGAUCCCGCGCGCGGCUUGACAAAGGAAGAAAGAGGGAGAAAGGAGGGAGGGCGGCAGUGUUAAGUGGCAAUAGUGCAUGGGCUCGGCGUGAGAUGGGGCGGCCGCGGCAUGGGCGGGGAGACGAAGCGGCGGGAUGGGUGGGUGGGUGCGAGCAGGGCGCGGGCCGCCGAACGGCUCCCUCGCUACCCUGCCGGCGAGGACGCGCACACGCAUGAGUGCGCGCCCACUGGGGCAUGGAUGCGUGAAUGCGAUGGGGGCGAUGCGAAGGCGGGUUGGCCAUGUUCAGAACCGGGCAUCGC